UCCAUGUAUUUCCUCUCCAUAUACUGAAGGGGGACGUGUUCCUGAAUUAAUGGAAUAAGCUUCGUAGGACACUUUACCUUUUUUUAUUUUUCCCCACUUUGUGAUUCAGCCAAGAGAAUGUGCGGGGGGACCAAGAGAACUAGCAGCUACCCUGGGUGCUGCUCAGAAAGACUUAGAAACAAGUGGAUAUUGACCUGCCUGCUGGCAGACAGGUGUAAGCCUUCUGAACGCAGUAAAUGCACCAGACAGCCAGCAAACAACCAUCCUGCCAAUUACUAUUACUCACAGUCAAGCUGGCCUUGUACAAAACUUGACUUGAACUGCAUUCGCUUGAUUGUUUACCAGGACUGUGAAAGAAGGGGCAGACAGGUCUUGUUUGACUCCAAAGCGGUAUGUGAAAUUAAAGGUGAAAGUGCGCAGAGAUCAAGAGAUGAGGCUUCAGCCAGAUCAAAACCCUGUCAUACCAGCAGUAGUGGAACAUGUACCAUCUCCUCCCGAACAACGUCAGGAUCUGCCCAGCCUGCCAGGGAGCAGCUGCCAAAGUACCAGUACACAAAACCGGCCUCGGACGUGAACAUGCUGGGGGAAAUGAUGUUCGGUUCUGUGGCAAUGAGUUAUAAAGGUUCCACUUUGAAGAUUCACCUAAUACGGUGUCCUCCUCAACUCAUGAUCAGUAAAGUGUUCUCUGCAAAAGUUGGAGGUUUUAGUGGAAGCACCAGCACUUUACAGGAUAGCAUGGAAAACAUCAGUCAUGAUGGAGUCAAGCUGGGUGUGAGCCAUGCAGGACAUGGUUUAUGUCAGAAUGGAUCCAAUCUAGCUCACAGCACUCCUGUGGACAUGCCAAGCAGGGGACAGAAUGAAGAUAAGGACAGUGGCAUUGCUCGGUCAGCCUCUCUGAGCAGCCUCCUGAUUACCCCUCUCCCUUCCCCAAGUACCUCCUUUUCAAGCAACUGUGCAAGCAGCUAUCAACGGCGUUGGCUGAGGAGUCAGACCACCAGUUUAGAGAAUGGUGUUGUACCACGAUGGACCACAGAAGAGACUUUUAGCAUGGCAGAUGAAAGUUAUACAUCCAACCCAGCAAUGGUUGGUCGAAAGAAGAUCGCUAUUAGUAUCAUCUUCUCCUUGUCUGAAGAAGAGGAAGCACAGCAGAACUUCCAGGAUUUCUUUUUCUCACAUUUCCCUCUGUUUGAGUCUCACAUGAAUAAGCUGAAGUCUGCAAUAGAGAAGGCAAUGAUCUCCUGUAGGAAGAUCACAGAAUCCAGUCAGCGUGUGCAGGUUUACCUCAGUCAAGUCAUGGAGGCUUUGGGGCAGUUUAGAGAAACCAUCUGGAACUUGUACUGCGCUCCUCGCAUUGCUGAGCCAGUGUGGCUUACUAUGAUGUCCAGCACUACUGAGAAAAGUCAGCUCUGCCAGCAUUUCCUCAAAGAAUUUACUUAUCUCAUUGAGCAGCUUAACAAGAACCAGUUCUUUGCAGCUUUGAUCACUGCGGUUUUGACUUACCACCUGGCAUGGGUCCCAACAGUGAUGCCAAAUGACCAUCCUCCAAUAAAGUCUUUUUGUGAAAAGCACACAUCCCAGUCAGUCAGCCUGCUGGCAAAUUCCCAUCCAUAUAACCCCUUGUGGGCUCAACUUGGUGAUCUGUAUGGAGCUAUAGGAUCCCCAGUCAGAAUGACUCGAACAGUUGUUGUUGGGAAACGUAAAGACUUGGUCCAACGCAUUUUAUAUGUUCUUACUUAUUUCAUCCGAUGCUCCGAACUUCAGGAGAACCAUCUGGUGCACAGCAGAGUCUUAAAGAACGGGGAGCAGAUGGUACAGGGCAGUAAUGUCACAACUUUACUUGAGAAGGGUGAGGUGGAGGACUCUGAAUAUGUUGUAAUAACACUAAACAAUGAAUCUGCCCUUUUGUCUCCUUCAUUGCCCUGUAAUUUGGGUGUUAAAUCCUCUCAGAAUGGACAAGGAUUUGAUCCCUCUGACAUUUCAUUAACCACAGAAAGUAAAAGUAAUGGCUGCUUUCAGAUAGCUCAGAGAACAUCUACUACAAGCAACGGAGCGGUUUUAGGUAGUGGAGGGUCUUGUAAAGAAACUAUAACGUUGGUUAAAGAAGCCAAAGUAGAGACUUUGGUCUCUGUCACAAGAACGCCUGCAUACAACACUGAAGAUGUGUUUACCUCUGAUUCUCUACCAUCCCAUGUUAAAAGCUACCACUCUGCUAGCAAAUAUGAUAAGCACGCUAGUUCACCAGUGCAGCUGUCCGACUGGGCAAAGGAAGUACUUUGUGCCGACCAGAAAGAGGAUAGUUCUCCCGCAGGGAAAGCAGCAUUUAGUAUGGGCUGUUCCACAUCAUCUGACUCUAAUAUGGAGACCUGCAAGAGGGAACUCAACGAGAGGGUCAAAUACCUACAUCACAAGUCGCAACAUUCAAGUGCCCCAAAAAAUGUGUUACUUGCUGCUCAACGAAGGAGGCUAAUGCAUUCUCGUAUCCCCUCCUGUGAGGGAGGCUCAAGUUUAUUUGAUGAGUAUUUUGUGGAAGGCAACAGUAUUGAGACGAAUACAGUAGAAUCUCUUCCCUGUCAUUCCUUAUUGUCAGAAAAAUGUUUUGUUUCUAAUGUGGUAUCAGAUAACCACACAGAAGAAAGGACUUGUGAGAAUGACCUGACAAAUGCUCAGCAGAUAACUUUCCAAAGUAUCCCCUGUGGGGAUCCCCUCAGAAAGACUGGAGGCAGGCUGGAGGGUAACAUUCCAAGGAAUAAAAGUUAUGACAGUGCACUGGGCCACAGUGAUGAGGAGUUGAACAUGGGUCACACCCAUGCAGAAAACUGGGACCACAACAAUGAUCAUGCAGAAGAAGAACUUCCACUACCUAGAUCUGACAUCAUCAGCAGCCCAAGUGUUAAAAACUUUGGGCGGUCUCUGUAUGGAGGUUUCUGCUCUACAUAUAUGCCUGAUAUGGUGCUUCAUGGGAUUGCAAGUGCUGAGAAGCUAAAGUCCUGCUUGGCAGCCAGCCUGGCUCACUCAAUCCAUCACCCAGUCCUGGAUGAGCCCCUAGCAGAAGCCGUGUGCAUCGUGGCAGACACUGAUAAAUGUAGUGUCCAGGUGGUAAGCAGCCAGAAGACUAUAGUGGACAACAUGAAGCUUGGUACAGAUGUCCUGGUGUCCAGUCAAGUGUGCAGUCUGCUUCACUCUAUUUUACAGCUUCAUAAGCUAAAGAUGCCCCCUGUGUUUUGUGUGAUGCAUCUAGAGGACAAGCUACAAGAGUUGUACUUCAAAAGUAAAAUGCUGUCCGAGUACCUGAGAGGACACACUAGAGUCCACAUAAAAGAGCUUGGAGUUGUGUUAGGGAUUGAAUCCAGUGACUUGCCUUUGUUGGCUGCUGUGGCAAGUACUCAUUCUCCUCAUGUUGCCCAAAUCCUUUUAUAAGCUGCAACAUACAUUUUGGUCAUUCCAUAAGCUACAGAGGAGAAACAACUAUUCAGGAAAAGAGGAGACAGAAAAUGACGCUGCUUUAUUCUACUGAACUGUAUCCCUCUCACUUAAGGGGACACACUUUAAAGUUUACAUGAAGUGAAGGCAUUAUGCUAGCCCCAGUGGCCUUUUGUCGCUUUACAGGGAAGAAUUUUGGAAAUGUCUGAAAUUCUAUAGUGCUGAUGUCUGAACAGCCACUUUUUUUAUUUUAUUUUGUUUUAAAAAACAUUUUUUUUAUCUUACUUACUGUACGUUUCCCGCUUUCCACCAGUAUCUUUUAUAGUCUUACUGCACUGUGUUCAUAGCAGAAACUUGUAAUAUUGUUUCAUGGCAUUCAGGGGACAUAGGAUGUUAAAUGAGAUGGUGCAUUCCCAACUUAUUGUUUAUGUAUUCAUACAUGUGGUGAUAUAACAACUAUCUAUAUUUAUGUCAAUUUCUAUUGUAUAGUCCUUUACAAUGUUACCAUGUAUUAGAAUGUCUUGGAAAGAUUCUACAACAAACAGCCCACUCUAUAUUCUCCUGUACUUUACCAUGAGAUUUGGACUACUUGUAGUUCUGUGAUAGUUGGAGUGCCACAAAUACCAGCAUGUUGUACUCGAUAACUGUAUGAGAAGAAGCUGCACAAUAUCUCAAGAAUGAAUCAUGGCAAUCCUGGCCUGGAACUGGCUGGCCAGUUAGGACGACAUUCCUGGAUAUAAACUUUAUGGGUGUUACCAUGUUCUGGUUUCUUGACACAGCCUUGAAGCCAAAGCCAGGAACAGAUCAUAAAUGGGAGGAAAUAAAUAUAGAGGAAAAGACUUUUCCUCUUUCUAGAUCGAUUCUUGACUUCAAAAACUGUACCAAAAGUCCUUAACAUGGGAACACCCCUUAAAACCGAUCAGUAGACUGCUCAGUUUCCUCUACAAAAUACCCAGCUCACCUUGUACCUGAUGAGAUGUCAGGCAUUGAGUACUGAAAGGGCCUAUUACAAAGUAACCCCAUAGCAAAACCUGGUUCAGCUUUGGCCUCUAAACUGCACUGGAAGCCAUGAGCUGCUGGCUGUGAUGGCCGUUCAGGAAUUCCCUAAGGAAAUUUGGUCACAGCUUGGUGCUUGUGUUUUCUGCUCUUGCUCCUGUAGGAAGAAUCAGCUUUUGAAAGGGAGAGUGCCACAUUGCCAUUUCUCUAGCCCAGGUCUGCCUAUCUACCAGAGAAACAGGCAGCUGAAAUGUAUGCGGGGGGGAGAAGUGUUUUUUUUUUACCUAACUAGCAAGAGCCCAAUAGCCUAACUGCAGACUGUAUGUAUAGGUGGUGCUGUUUACAUGAUUGUGGAGGUACACCCACCCGAAUAGCCUAAUCAUUACUCCUUUAUAUAGAUGCCAAUCAUGAGCCCUAACAUAGAUUUUAGUAUAUUGGUAGUACAUAGAUCCACAGCACUCCUGUAGACUAUUUGUGAUGCUUAAACAGGUAGGGGAAAUGUAUUGACAGAUUUAGAGCCUUUUCUGGUGUAAAGAAAGCUGCAGUAAUGUCUCUACUGUGCAAAAUGCGCAAAAUUCUUUUCUGAAACUAUUUUGACUAAAGUGAUUGGUACACGCUUUAGCACCUUGCAGUGGUUGCCAAUUUAUGAAG